AUGUCUUUAAGUUCGACUUCCCAAUCUUAUGGUCAGAAUGAGACACUCAUUUCUUCAAUUCGUAAUAUUAUAAAGGAUUACCCCUGCCAAAGUAUACUUAAAGAAUUCCUUCAAAAUGCCGAUGACGCUGGAGCUUCACGGUUUCAUGUAAUCAUCGACGGACGUUCGCACCCCACGAAAGCUUUGCUUUGCGACGAAAUGAAGGCCUGGCAAGGCCCCGCCAUUUUGAUAUUCAAUAAUGCAAUGUUCAAGACAACCGACUUUGAUUCGCUUAUGCAGAUACGUGUUGGCGGAAAACAAGGCGAUGAUACAAAGAUUGGGAAACAUGGAUUAGGUUUUAAUUCUUGUUAUCACUUUACCGAUGUUCCAAGCUUUAUCAGCGGUGAUUCUAUUGCGUUUCUGGAUCCUCAAGAAAAAUUUUUGCCAAGAAGGCAUGGCGUAACCCAACGUGGGAUUAUUGGACCUUUUCCAAAAAAUGGUAUUGGUGGGUAUUCUGAAAAGGACCAAUUGGUUCCUUAUGAAGGCAUCGAAGGCAUCGAUUUCCUCUCGACUUUUCAAGGGACACUCUUUCGAAUACCGCUUCGGAAACAACCAAGCGAUAUAUCCGACAGUAUCUUUACUACGGAUCAAAUCUUCGAAUUGUUCACCAGUCUUAAAUCAACUAUCUCUUCCCAAUUUUUAUUUCUUCGAAGCAUCGAAACAAUUGAAAUUUCUCAUAUACCUAAGGAAAAAGCUCCAAAUCAACUGAAUCCACUUUAUAAAGCAAUUAUAACUGGAUUGACUGAAAAUUUAAGAAAUCAAAGAAAAUGCGUCAUGAACAAUAAAAUUCAAGCUUUUCAAAUGGAUAUCGAACAAAUAGAAAAUCACAAAAUUGUACAAAAGGAUUCUUGGAUUAUUGCUACUGGCGCCCAACCAAAUCCUGAAGAUUCUCAGCUGAAUAAAUAUUCGGAACGAUAUCGAUUGCGCAUAUUAGGUGGUAUUGCUUCAUUACAUAAAAGUUCAAAAAACGAUAAUAACCGGAACGACAUUGGAUUAGGAGCUAAUUUUCCAUACUUUAAAAUGAAAAGUAAGAGUGAUAAUACUUUUAAUGAAUGUCAGAGCGCCAUAGGAUUAGAAGCUACUUUUGCAAGCCGUGAAACUAAAAGCUGUAAAAAGAAAACUAAGAGUGAUAAUAUUUUUAAUGAAUGUCAAAGCUUCGUUGGAUUAGGAGCUAUUUUUGCAAACCAUGAAAUAAAAAGUUGUAAAAAAAUAAAUAAGAGUGAUUAUAUUUCUAAAGAAUAUCAGAGCAUCAUUGGAUUUGAAGCUAGUUUUGCAAACCAUGAAAAAAAAAGUAGUAAACAAAAAAGUAAGAGUGAUAAUAUUUUUAACGAAUUUCAGAGCGACAUUGGAUUAGAAUCCAAUUUUGCAAACCGUGAAAAAAAAAGUUGUCAAAAAAAAAGUUUGAGCGUUAAUAUUUUUAACGAAUACCGGAGCGACUUUAUAGGUAGACUAUACUCUUUUCUUUCGUUACCCGACACGACAAGUCUGCCGUUUCAUCUUAAUGGAACCUGGGCUCAAGGCUCAGAUCGUGGACGGUUAUUAAUGGAAAAAGAUAAUUCGCCAGACAUAGAUCGGCAGAAACUUAAUUGGAAUAGACAUAUUCUGCUUGAUUUCCUUCCUAAACUAUAUUGCAAGCUUAUAAAAAAGGCCAUCGAAUUAAAAGAAAGGGAGAAUGGUGAGGGAAUUGAGAGCAAUGAAUAUAGAGAAAAAAUCCAUCCAAUCUCCAAGUUCUGGCCGUUUCCGAUCCAAAAUAAUUCAAAAUACGUAAUUGAAUUCGGUUUCAAAGUACUCGAAUUUAUAAUACAAAAAGAAGACUUAUUUGCUGGUAGCAUUGAGAACCGAGUAAACUCUCUCUUUGAGCUCUUAUCAAGUGAACAGAUUGUACAGCUCCGUAACUUUCUAAAAAUUGCCUGGGCUGAAAUAGCAACUCCCAAUUUCAAGUCUUUGGUCUGCUACUUUCCUAUUUGGAAAGUUCUAUCGAAUCCAUUAGAUGAAAAUUCGAAAUCAGUGCCUUUAAAACCAGCGACAUGCGGCUAUAUUUUAGAAAGAAAUAUCAAACAAUAUCAAAUAAAGACUUCCAACAUCUAUUUAGAUGCUUUGGGACGUCUUAAUCGUUUAAUUUUAACUGAACUUAAUGUUCCUAAGCGAACCAUUUAUGAGUACACUUUCGAGGAUGUCGAAUUUCCUAAAGAAUAUGACAGCUCUUAUCUCGAUUUUCUAAAAGACAUACUUAAAGAUAAUCGAAUUGUUCAAAAUUUAAAAGAUAGACGCUGUUUUCCCAAUUCUAUUACAAAGGAAUUAAAGAAAAUCUCCGACCUAUAUGAUAACAGCAACCUGGUUUUUCGGACCGUGUUUGGCGGAGAAUCUAGUGUCUUUCUUCAUCCUGAAUUUUCUAAGUACAUACGGAUUCUAUCGACAAUUGGAUUUAAAAAUAAAAUCAAUCUGGAGAUAUUCAGAAUGUGUGCUGAUAAAGUCAAUUAUUUAUAUAAAAAUAUAAGCUCUUUAAAUUUGGAAAGCAUCGAAGGAAUUCCAUUCAUCCCAAUUACAAAAAAUUUGGGUAACCCUUACAAUCUACACUAUAAACACCCUCAAGCUUUAGAUUGCUUAAAUAACGUUAUACUUCCCGCAUAUAGAGAAGUCGCGUGGAGUAAGAUGCCCCUGAUCGCGGAUGAUGUAAUACCACCUCAACAAGUGCUCGAAAAAUAUCCGUCAUUUGGUAAACCGGGUAUUUCUAUUGUAAUCAGUCAUCUCCGUUUCUUGUAUUCAGUACUCCGGAAUGAUAAAGUAUGGAAGAAAAAUUGGACUGAUGUAUUUAGAAACAACAUCUACGAGGUUUAUAAAUGGCUAGAUGUAGAAUGUAGUUCAAAUGAAGGUCUCGACUUAUCGGAAUACAUUUGUUCCGAACCAUUAUUCCUUAAUUACAAUAGAAAUCAAGAUCCAUUUAAUCUUGAAAACUGGGUCACUUCAGCCGAUUUGAUCUUGAACAGCGAAUAUGUCCAUCCAGAUCUUGCUAGAUAUCCUACCAUGCUCAAAAGUGCCGGUGCUCGGGAAAUAAGACGACCAAAUGUUCAAAUUAAUGUCAGAAACCACGACCAAUCACGUCAUAAUCAAAGUACUUUGUUUAAAUUUCUAUUUGAUCAGACACCCUCCUUGAAUGAUGUAAAUUUUAUUGUGAAUGGUCAUAAUAUAAAAGCAAGUCGUUACAUUCUCGCUGCAAGCUCUGAAAUAUUUCGUCAAAAAUUUAUUUCAGAAGAAACAAGUCCGAUUAACCCAGUCACGAUCACUAUUGGGGAUAUUGAACCUAAUUCGAUGCACAUCUUAUUACGCUAUUUGUAUGGCCAAAAUAUUGAUGAAGCAAUUCAAAAUCGAUUAAGUUUAAACGAUAAUGUGGAUCUUAGUUUUGAACCGAAUACCGAUGAAUCUCAAGAUUUGGUACUAUACAAGGACUUACUUAAAUUAUCAGAUGAUUACAAGUUAGAUCAUUUGAAGGAGCUUAUUGAAUUAAGACUCUCCCGAUUAGUUCGCAUGUCGAAUGUAGAUGUAAUGAAAAGAUUUGCAGAGAUUUCGAAUGCCAGCCAACUUAAUGAAUAUUGUCAACAUUUUAAUCGCGAGAAUAGCGGCGUUAAGACUUGA